GGAUUAUGUGCAACAGUUUUCUGGGGGGAUGAGAGGAGAGGAGCGCGCGGCCACGGCUGUCAGAACAAAGCUUGGAUGCGUCACGGUGGAUCCGCCGCGAGCGUUGUAGAACCGCUGCGUCACGUCGAAGGUUGCUGCUCCAGGUGUCUCUGCGCCAGCGUCCUCUGCUGUUCCCUCCUGACUCACCAUGCCGAUCGACAUGGCGUUGCCUCUGUUCCUGUCCAAAGAGGAGUUUGUCUACAGGACGUCUCCCAAAGCACGCAAACCCGCUCUGAGCUCCUGCCUGAGGUUCCAGCACUCGCACCGCGUGGAUCAGACGGAGCCCGAGGACGCGAGGCCGUCCAUGAAGGACUCGGGAAAAGCCAAGAAGCAGGUGACGUUCGCCGACCACAGAGGCCUGUCCCUGACCAAGGUGAAGGUCUUCUCCGAGUUCAGCGACCCCAUCGACAUCCCCCUGAACAUCCAGGACAUGCUCAGCUCCGCGCUCUCUCUGAGGGCUGAGGAGGACAGUCUGGUGCUGGACUUCGCUCAGCCCUCCUCGGACUACCUGCGCUUUCGGCAGACCCUGGAGAGGAACUACGUCAGCCUGGAGCACUGCGUGCUGAAGGAGAAGGUCUUGGCGGGAACCGUCAAGGUCAAAAACGUGUCCUUCGAGAAGUCCGUGAAGCUGCGCGUCACCUUCGACAGCUGGCGGACCCACAGGGACGUGGACUGUGUGUACAUGAAGGACACGUAUCCCAGCUCCUACAGCGACACCUUCUCCUUCCAGGUGUCUCUGCCGGAGGAGCUGAGGCCUCACGAGCGCGUCGAGUUCGCCGUCUGUUACGAGGUGGAGGGACGCGAGUACUGGGACAGCAACCAGGGGGACAACUACGGCAUCGUCCGGUCCUCCAUGAAGAGGGGCCGCCACCUGGACUCCUUUCACUCUGAGAUUCACUUUGAGCGUUACGGCAGCCCCACCUGUUCUCACGGGCUCUUCCCUGACUGGCCGAGUUACGCGGGAUACGAGAACCUCGGGCCGUACUACUGAACAGGAAGUCAGGAAGCAGGCGUGUUCUGGGGGGGGGGGUUGUCUUUUUUUUUUUGUUUGUUUUUUAAACCUUGAGCUUCUGAUUAAAAGUCGUGUUGCACGUCACAAAACUGCGGACAUGAACCACAGAUCUGACCUGACUGGUUUUUACUCCGGGUUCCUCACAGAAACCUCUCGGAUCAUCAAACAGUCGCAGAUGAAUUUUCUGCCGAUCGACUCGUGGACACGGGGUUUGAGCCGGGCGCCGCUCGGCCGAUGGUUUAAUAUUUCACAGGAGCUGUUGCUUCAGACGGUUUCUCAACGUGACACAGCUGAAGUUUAUCUACUUUCACAACAAUGCAGAAACUACACACGGAGUUACACAACGUCACGUACGACAGAUUUUAACUUUGUGUCCGGUUGGAAUAAAAUGUCUAAUUCAUGUAACUUUAAUUAUCCUUUUAAAGAAGCGGACUGGUUUUACUGGUUGGCUGUGUUUGCACAGGAGAACACAGAACGUGCACGUGUUCGUGGUGUUCAGUGAAGCAGUUUGUCACUCAGAGCGUCUCUGUUUGCACGUGCUCAGUGUGUGAGUGGGUAGUUGUGAAGUGAUCAUCAGUGUUAAGUUAAUUUAAGAAAUGCUGCUCAAUAAAGUCAAAUGUUUUAAGUUGUUCUGUCAUUAAAUGUUUAAUUGUGAUGUAAAACCGUCUGCUGUCUGACCACAGGGUUAAAAAAUAUUAAAAGGACAAUAAAAUUAUAUAUAUUUUUUUA